GUUUGCAUGUCACAUUUACUGUCAUUUUUUAAAAAGUUAAUCAAAUAUAAAAUAACUGUGCACCAAUAUUUGCAGAAAUAUACUAUAGGCACAUGGCCAAAAGUUUGUGGACACCUGACUAUCACACCCAUAUAUUUUACUGAACAUCCUAUUCCAAAUUUAGUUCCCCCUUUGCUUUUAUUGUAACCUCCAAUCGUCUGGGAAGGCUUUCUACUACAUUUUGGAGUGUGGCUGUGAGGAUUUGCUCCUUCAACCACAAGAGCAUUAAUGAGGUCAAGCAUCGAUGACCGUAGUUAUUUCUGUAAAUAUUUUGGCCUAGGAGCAAGCUCUCUGUUUUGUUCAAUGGGCAGGGUAUAUAGUGUCUGCUUUUGUCUUAAGAGAUCCGGUCCAUGUUUUUCAUUAUAAUGUACAACAGCACAGGUUUAACUGUCUAACUAACAUUCAUGGUUGUAGUUUAGAGGGAGUGGCUUGACAGUCAGACCACACCCAUCGUUUCUCUACACUAAAACUGUGGGAGCUUCCAGAAGGAAUCAGUACACACAGAAAAGUGUUUAAAGAAGCUCUCUGCUGAGCAUUGAUCCUCUAUCCUCGUAUUCAACAUAGGACUUGCAUUAUGGCUGUAAUGAUACAACUCUUGAGCUUAUGCUUACUGGUUCUGCUUGUGGGUGGAACAACUAAUGUCACUGUUCCUGAACCAGCUGAAAGCACACCAACUACCAUUACAACUGCACCAGCUGAAAGCACACAAACUACCAUUACAACUGCACCAGAUGGAAGCAUACAAACUACCACUACAACUGCACCAGCUGAAAGCACACAAACUACCAUUACAACUGCAACAGAUGGAAACACACAAACUACCACUGCAGCUACACCAGAUGGAAGCACACAAACUACCACUACAACUGCACCAGGUCCCUGUUCCUCGAACCCUUGUCUGUUUGACAGCACCUGUCAAGAACUCCUGACUAAUUACACAUGUGUGUGUCGACCGGGACUGUUCUACGAUGCAAAGCUGAACUCCUGUAACCUAGCAAAGACUUUCCCAAGUGAUAUAAGAUUUACAAAAAUGGACUAUAAUUCAAAUAUGGCAGACAAGAACUCAGAAAUAUUCCAAGAGAAAGCAAAUGAUAUCCUUAACCAGAUUAACACUGUUUUGACUAAAACUGAAGGUUAUCUUGGAUCCGUGGUGAAGAGUCUAUCAAAAGGCAGUGUAAUAGCAGAUGUGCAGAAUUUCUACAGUCCUUCGUCACAAGUUACUGAAGAAGAUGUACAGAUGGAAUUACUUAAAGUGCCAGAAACAGACGUCACAAUGAAGAAUUCAUGCUCUACUGGAUUCUGUGAAGAGACAAGCACAUUAUGUAAAGACAAUAAUGGUCUAGCUGAAUGCACUUGCAAGAAUGGAUACAUAAAGUUGACAGCAACACAACAGGCUUGCUUUCCCUGUCCCAGUGGUGAGAAAGCAGUGGAUUCUGAGAAAUGUGAACAAUGUUCUUUUGGAUACUCUGGUUUCAACUGUGAAGAAUCGUACCUCUUAAUUCUAGUUGUGAUCGCCUGUGUUUUGGGCACACUUCUUCUCGGCACUCUCAUAGGUGCUAUAGUCUUGUACUUGAGGUCAACAAAAGAGACCAAAUCUCCAGAAAAAAAUUCCCCAAAUGGCAAUCUGGAGUUCAAUAAGCCUGCAGGAAUUCCCAGGAUCCCACGGGCUAACCCUAAUGGUGGCUGGCAACCGACUAAUCUGGAGAUGGCAGACAGUGGAAGCAGAAAUGCCCUGGUGACAAAGGACCACACAGAUAACACAACGAUGUGGGAUAAUGCAUACACUGAUGAUGCAAGGAGCCAGAAGAGCCAGACACCCUUUAGAACAGGAUAUGGAGCCUCAGGAGCGAAUAACGGGCCCAGGGCCAACAGGAACCCCUACUAUGAUGCAUAUGAGGACAAAAUGCGCCGAUACUAAUUUUACACACACAAAAAAAGACUCCAUUUAUUGAUUUCUUCAGCAGAAAUGGUUUGUCUUAUAAGAAGCUUGGCUCUAUAGAAUGAUGCUAUUAAAAAACAUCUGUACAAAUAGGAAAAAAUAUUUAAAGUAUUAAGCCUUAACAUUUGAAUUAUUAACAUUAGAAAGAAAGUCUUUUAUUGAACUGUAUGCUGGACAAAAACGAAUGAACAUUACAAUCAGAGUAGGUGUGUGUGUGUGUGUGUGUGUGUGUGUGUGUGUUUAAAAGUGAAAGAGCAUGAGACAGAGAUGGUAUGUGCAGCCACAUGUACAUACCUAUAAUGUGCUAAAUGCUAUGUAAUCAACAUAUUAAUUUUAUCUAAUUUAUAAUGUGUUUUUUUUUAUUUGUUGUUAGCAAAGCUUUAAAAAUCACACAUGUAGUGAAAUUAAAAAUGAUGUAAUUUAUUAUGUCUCAUAGAUAAAAUAAUGGUCAGUUUGGUUCACUGAGUUCUGACCCAGCAGAUGUCACCGUUUCAUGCAGUUUGGGCUUAUUCCUUCUAUGAAUAACUGAAUCAGGGCUUGUUGUUGUUGUUGUUGUUGUUGUUGUUGCUGUUUUGCUGUUCACAUUUUUGUGUUUUCAUGAUUUAAUGUCUAGGAUUAAUUUUAAGUACAGCCAUUUCAAUGAAAUGUCAUUUCAUAAGAAGGAAAAUGACUGGAACAUUAUGUAAAUUGUGUACUUUAUCUGCAGAUUCUAAAGGAAUUGUAUAUAAAUAUGAGCAAUCCAGGUGAUGUGCUGCAUUUUAUACUCAAAUUUUUAAUGUUUAAAUAAUUAAUGAAUGCACAAAAACAAUAAAAAUUAUUAUUAAUAAAAAGAAAAAA